UGAAGUAGAUUAAGAGCCAUUUUAGGAAAUUCUCAAACAAAUUUCUCUCUCUCUCUCUCUCUCUCUCUCGCAAGGUUUCUCUCGCUGAUACGCUUCGAAUUCGAUCACCUUGUGCGUAUAGGUUUUCUCUACCGCGCUUCUUUGCUUUCUGGUGUUUUGUGGCACAAAUUUCUGGUUCGGUGAUUUAAAGUAAAUGGAGCUGAAUACCAUUAAAGAUGCUUUUGAUCGUGUUGCGAAGAAACAAAAGCUGUCCUGUUCAAAAACUCAAGAAGUGAUUGACCAGAUUAUCCAAGAAAUUGAAAAGGCAUUAGAAAAAAUACAGUCAGCCCGUGACCCUGACUCCCAACUUGAUUAUAAAAAUUCCCUUUCUGAUCUUCGAACCAUACUGAAGGAUAUUGCUCCACUCAGUCAGCUGGAAGGCACACAAAAGGAGCUGAACAUAGCACUCAGCAAGUAUGCAAAGCUUCUUGAGAAAUCAUUCAAUCCAGAUAUAGCUAAGGCUUACCGGAACAUUGACUUUGACGCACACAUAGUGAACCAGAUAAUUGCCAGCCAUUUUUACCGGCAGGGCCUGUUUGACAUUGGGGACUGCUUCAUAAGUGAGGCAAGGGAACCAGAAUCUGCUGCUGCUUUGAAAUCCCCAUUUCUGGAGAUGUAUGAGAUAGUUGAAGCUAUGAAGAGUCGGAACCUAGGGCCAGCACUGAACUGGGCAGCCAACAACUCUGAUAAACUUAAACAAAAUGGAUCAGACCUUGUUCUGAGACUUCACAGCAUGCAGUUUCUGGAAAUACUUGAAAAGGGAGGCAGAGGUGAAGCUCUUAAGUAUGCCAGAAAUCACCUCACUCCUUUUGCUUUCAACAAUAUGGCUGAAUUGCAGAAGCUCAUGGCCUGUCUUCUCUGGGCUGGAAGACUUGAUAGCUCCCCAUACUCUGCAUUACUAUUGCCAACUAACUGGGAUAAACUAGCUGAGGAGCUAACCAGGCAGUUCUGCAAUCUUCUGGGGUACUCUUAUGAAAGCCCAUUGGGUGUGACCAUAGCAGCAGGUGUUCAGGGGUUGCCACCUCUUUUGAAGUUUAUGAAUGUGAUGGCAGGGAAGAAGCAUGAAUGGCAGACUAUGAAGCAGUUGCCUGUACCAGUGGAGUUGGACAGGGAUUUUCAAUUCCAUUCCAUAUUUGUAUGUCCAGUGUCUAAGGAGCAAUCAACCGAAGAUAACCCACCAAUGUUGAUGUCGUGUGGCCAUGUUCUGUGCAAGCAGUCUAUCACGAAGAUGUCCAAAAACGGCACAAAAUCUUUCAAGUGCCCUUAUUGCCCAUCCGACAUCGAAGCAACUAAGUGUAGGCAACUUUAUUUCUGAUGCACCCCAAUAUGUUCCUUAGGUUGUAUUUUACUCUCUUAUUCUUCUUCUUCUCUCUCAUCUCUGUGGUGAACUGAAUCAAGUUGUAUUGUGUAGCGGGGUUGUGGUGAUGGUGGCAAAAGCUGACCGGUCUGUUGUGAUGUAUUCUCUUUUGAUGUAUUGGUUGUAAAUAGACAUUCUUUCUCUGUUGGUAAUGAAAAUCUAGGUCAAUUCUCUCGAAACAAA